CUGGCAACACAGCACUUAACGUCAUAACGUCAUUGUUGUCAAUCUAUGCAAACUGCAUUUCUAUUUCUGUUUCAAUUAAAACCGACUGAUUCCUCACAAACCAUGGCUGAAAAGCCACCAGAAGAAGGCUACAUAUCCGUCGUAGACGAGGAACCAGAGAUUUUCGAACUCCUAAAAUGGGACGCGCCGCAAACGCAAAAGCAUCAUCAGACCCCUCAUCCCGACCAUCGGGGUCUGGAGAAAGGAGUUUAUACUCAAUUAAAGGAUAAAUCUGAGCAGAUGAAUCAGCAGAAGGCUCAAGAAGAGCCUAUGGUGCAGGAAAAGAGGUCAAAGCCCGCGGAAACUGACCCGUUUGACCUGCCUGACCCAACGUUUAUAGAGACGUAUAGAUUGUCCAAGGACUUGGCACGCGGGCUGAUUGAGGAGUUGAAGCCUGUGAUGCCCGAGUCUACUAAGUCUAUUGAGUUCUCCGUGGAGAGCAAGGUAAUGGCAGCUCUAGCAUUCUUCGCAACGGGCAAAUACCAGAAGUCAAUUCACGGAAAAACGGACCCGAACAUAACACAGUACUUCGUGUUAUCAGCCGUCACACAAGUUACGGAGGCCUUGAACAAUCCAGCUCUAGUGAAGAAAUACAUACACUUCCCGCAUCUGAGAGUGGAGAGGGAUAAUCUUAAAGCUAGGUUCUACAUGAAGUAUGGAGUCCCAAAUGUAGUUGGCUGCAUAGAGUGCACCCACGUGCCUAUAGCGCGGCCCGAUGUGGAUCAGAAGAGUCAUUUCAACAAAUCAUACCACUCCAAGAAGGCACAGAUUAUUUGCGACAGCGACCUCAACAUCAUCAGCGUGGACGCGAUCCCCGGCGGGAUGCACUCGCAUGACACUAUACUCAACCAGCACGCGGUCAAAAACGACCUCGAGAGCCUUAACAAUUCGGGGGAGCAGUGCUGGCUUAUCGGCGGGCCCCACUACUCCCAAAAGCCGUACAUAAUGACCCCCAUACCGAAGAUCACAAAGAAGUCCCCCGUGUCGCCCGAGAAGUACUACUCGACCGUACACACACAGACACACAGCGUCAUCCUGGAGGCCAUUAAACAGCUGAAGAGUAGAUGGAAGUGUCUGCAAGCUACUUGUAACAAGCAGUACGACCCUAAUACUGGUAAGUACUGCUCGACCGUACACACACAGACACACAGCGUCAUCCUGGAGGCCAUUAAACAGCUGAAGAGUAGAUGGAAGUGUCUGCAAGCUACUUGUAACAAGCAGUACGACCCUAAUACUGUGUCCAACAUGAUAGUGGCAUGCUGCAUGCUCCACAAUCUCUGCAACCGUCGGGGACUCCCCGUCGCACCUCUGACACAGACCGAAGAAAGAUUAGAAGCCAUGAAACAGAAAGUGGCCAAUAGUCCGGUGUCGAGGAAGCAGGUUGAAGACCCGAAGGGAGUGCAAGCGAGACAGCUGCUAGUUGAUCAUCUUUGGAACGAACGGAAGGUAACCCCGGACUGCGGUAAAAAACGAAAGAAACCCGUCGAGGAGCGCCCUCCGCAACCCCAGCCCACACACAUCCUCCACCAGCAACCCCACACGCACACACAAGUCACACAACACCAGCAAAUCAUGCACGAGCACCAUUUGCACCAUGAUGACGUCAACAAGCGGCCGCGGAUCGUGAUGAACAACCCCACUUACGGACUGGGCGUCACGUCGGGGUGGGGCCAUUUCCCCCCACACUAAUUUGAGCAAGAAAAA